AUGGAUAGCACCUGGGCAGACUACCCUUUUCCUCUUAUCUCCACUCCAGCCUGCGACAUUGGAUACACUAAUCAGUUCAUCAAAUCCGCCUCCAAAAUGGCCUUGACUCACAACAUCAUAAUCCGCGGAAUGAAUAGCAUCUAUCUCCAAUGCAUGCAUAUUACGCCUUACAAUGCCGCAGACUUCAUAACCUAUUGCCAAUGCUGGGCCGAAUUCAUCCACAACCACCACGAUUGCGAGGAGGCCGCUUACUUCCCUCUUAUUGAGAAGGCAGUUGGAACCGAAGGUAUGGCAGAGGAGAAUAUUGAGCAGCAUGAAGCAUUCAUGGGCGGGUUGAAUGAUCUCGAUGCCUACCUACGACGUGUGGACCCGUACAGCUUUUCCGGCAGUGUGGUGCUACAGAUCUUGGAAACCUUCGCUGCUAAGCUGCAGAUGCACUUGACAGACGAAAUCGUAUGGAUCCAGAGUCUAGCGACCAACUAUCCGACGUUGAACCUAGCCGAGAUUGAUAUGCGCCAUGGAGCAUACGUAGGGAGCCGGUCAACACGGACGAGGGUGCUACCGUUCUUCCUCACAAACCAUGACAAGACAUAUGAGGGUGGCAUUCAUUCCUGGUGGCCGACAGGAAACAAGAUCAGGGACUGGUGGUUGAGAUAUGUUUGUACGCUGGUGUACUCGGGGGCAUGGCAAUUUUCGAGUUGCUCAAAAGGUGGUAAGCCAAAGAGGUUGGAAGGGAUUAGGAGAGGGGGAUUGGUGGAGGAGGCGCCACAGGAGAGGGGGGAGGUCGGGGAAGUAAUGGAGAUGAAUAUGGCGCCGAAGAGACCAGAGGCGUCGAUUAAGAUCCAGGCGAGAACAAACACAGAUUGGUGA